AUGGCAUUGGAAGUUUUGCUGGAGGUGCAAUUGCCUCUGGAGCCUCCGCCCGAGCACAAACAGUUUCUACUGCUCUCCGGGCAAGAGCCUGUGGACACGUUGGAGGCUUUUCGAGUGAGGCACGGCCAGACAACCGCUUGGAGAUACAAUAUGCUGGUGCAGAUCUGCCAGCGACCGCGAGUGGUGUGUCGACGGGAGGUGCCAUUGCUUUACUCGAUGCAGAUCACCUCACCAGGCGGGGGAGUCGUGGGGGAGCUGCAGAUACUGGAGGGCGUUGAGCCGGCGGAUACCGUGCUUGAGUUUGCAUUGCAGCAUGAUAUUGGGCGGGAAGGAAGAGCAACAAUUCUGGAAGCGGUGUGUGCAGUUCCUCGUGUGGUGUGCACGCGGUACAACGCAUUGAUGCACUCAAAGACUGUCAGUGGAGAUGGAGGAGUCGUCAUUGGUAAGCUCGAUAUCUACGACGAUGUGGAGCCCGUGGACCAAAUUUACAAGUUUGUGAAGGACCAUAAGCUGCCGCUGCUUGCGAUGGAGCAGUUGCUCUCCGUAACGUGCUCUGUUAUUGGAGACGCGCAGUGCCAGCGCGCAGUUCCGUUGGUGUACUCGCAGCGCAUUGUAGUGAAGGACGAAAGCACCGGAGAACCUCGUCAGCUUGGGGUCCUGCAAAUUCCGCUUGGACAAGAGCCCGCUGAUGUGGUGCAUAGUUUCGGGCUGAACUACGGGCUGGCCAAGCCGUUCCGGCAAAAUCUAGUCCGUAAGGUGUGCGAUGACACCUACGUGACUUGCAAGCGCCUGAAGCCGAUCGUUUUCUCGUCGCCUGUGGCCGUGGAAAAUGGCACAACAGUGGGUUUUUUAUCGAUUCGAGAGGACGAGGAAUUAACGGAUGCCGUGCACAGGUUCUCGAGACAAACAAACAUUACCCGGGACUUGCAGGUGUCGUUGCUACAAGCUUUGUGUGGAACUCGGGAAGGCAUUCUAUGCACUCGAGGGCAGGCACUUUUGCGAUCAACCCCAGUGAGUGACGGCACUGGCCAAAUUUUAGGCUACGUGAACAUUUACGAGGGUCAAGAACCCGCAGAUGUGGUUUAUCAUUUCGCAGACCAACACAAUUUGGCUCCUGGUGACCGGGAUACGCUGCUAGAAAGUUUGUGCAAUCCUCCCAAAUCGGCGUCCGGUCAAGAAGAGAACGAUGAUGAGGAAGAUGAAGAACCGCUCGCUUGCUCGCGUUACGCGCCUGUAGUGUUUCGAGUGCCCGUGGCAGCGCAAAACGGAUCGCAUCUUGGAAUUCUAGAGGUGCUUGCCAACGAAGAGCCGGCAGAUGCCGUGGCCAGAUUUGGCAACAAACACGAGCUGGGUCCGGAAGAAAAGAAGAGCAUCGUCACUGGUGUGUGCCAAGCCAGUGGUCUCGAAUGCACGCGUGAUGUCGGAAUCCUCUACGAAGCUAAAAAAAACAUAAAAAGUCAAUGCAUCGAUGUAAAGGUUUUGUUUCAAAGCGUUAACCAUAAUUCAUGUUCACGACCCAAACGCAACUUUAUCCUCGAAGCCUACAAGUUGAAGUUGCCAUUUCGCCGAUUGGUCAAUGAUGAUCGCUAA